AGGUGUAUUAGCAGUGAAUCGUUUCGUUGUCGUGGUAAUUUAAAGGGACACAUUUCUUACAUUAUAAGUACCGUUUCAAGUUAUAUUUUGUUUUCAUUGAGUAUAAAUGACUCACACUUACAGGACGGGACAGUGAAAUCCAUCAAACAGGAAUAUUACGCAUUCGGAAUCAGAUGUGGAAUGUCCUUUAAAAAUUCAAGUUUUAGCUUAAUCAAUUGUUAUCAGCGAAGUUGUAUGCUUUUAUCUUUUGACGAUAUUUGGAAACGUGCUUGAAGCGUUGUGUUUUACAUGUAUGCUAUUUGAUUUGAGAUCUCUUCCAUUUGGAUAGUAGAGAUGUGUUGCGGGUGUAUGUGUGCAUUUUAUGUAGAUUUAUUAUCUUCAUUUAUGCUAAGUCAUUAUGACAGAUUUGUACAUUAUUUAGGAACAAAACAUCAGAAGGAACCAAAUAUAUUAACUAAAAAAGUAAGGAUCUUACUACUUCGGCUAGGAAUUGGAUAUUUGAUCAACAUAGCAUUAUUUCUAGUUGUUUGUUUUGUCAACAGGAAAACUAAGGAUGAAGGAGACGGGGGGUUCCUGUUAUUUUGUGCAAUCGUAAUUUUCGCAGUAUGCUUUUAUGCGUUUAUAACUUUUUCUCUAGUAUACAGACUUUCACGGUUUUCAAGUAAUGUGGACGAUCCUAGAGCCGAAUAUAAAGUCUUAAAAUAUCAAAAGUUUAUGAUGGUAUACAAAUGUCUAGAUGUCAUUUUCGACAUAUCGGUGCUGCUUUAUAGUUUUAUUUUAGCAGAUUGGGAUUUAACAAAAUUUACUAUUGCGGCUACUGCGCUUUUAUGUACCGAUAUAGUGCUGAAUUCAAUUGUGCUAACGACAAACUGUUGUUCCGACGAGGAAAAAAGCAAUCAUCCAGAUGGUUCAAGUGAAAACAAUCAAGCGUUUGAAACUGGUGAAAUACAAGAGCACAGAUCGGUGGUUAGAGAUCAUAGAGAUGUUAAUAUGGAAGAAGGAAUGCCACAACAAGAGCAAGACUUCGAAAGAGUGUCACUUAAGUCUGUUAAGUUACCUGAUAAUAGUGUAAUCAGAAGAUCAAAUAAAGAAACAGAUUAUCAGCAAAAAUUGGAAAAUCAAGACAAGUUCGGGCAUACCAAGGAUAUGAAAGGUAUUUAA